AUGGGCCGAAUACCCGGCACAUCAGACUUCAAAGGACUGGGCCAUUACCGCAGUGCCGAGGAAAUUCCUGGGAUCAAGGUUUUCCGAUUUGACGCUCCUCUUUACUUUGCCAAUGCGGAAUUAUUCAUUCUGAGCGUUCACAAUGCGUGCGGCUUGAACCCAGUUCUCGUGAGGUCAAAAUUGAACGAACGUGCAGCAGCCGAGGCGAAGGCGAAGUCGGGCUCAGAGCAACACAUGGAUGCGACGAAAGCAGCAAGUGAUAUGCGUAAGUCAUAG